UGUUUGAAUCUCUAAUAUGAUAUAGACGUUUAAUUUUCCAAUCUCUUAAGUAGCAGGAAAAGACUCAAAAACACGGCAAUAUGUAUUAUAACAAUUCCAAACAAAAUAAUCCAAAUUUAAAAUGACUAAUUUUACAUCUUAAAAAGCACAACCUUGGUUAGUUUGAGUUCCAAUACGGAGAAAAAUGUUCUGCUCUGAUGUAUUAACUGUCACAAAGAUGUCACAAUCAAGAGUACGCAUUCAAAAUGUUGUAAGCAUGUUCAAAUCUCUAAAACGAAAUCUAUUUUUUACAACACGAGUCAGUGGCAAGUCAAUGCAAAACCCAGAUUUAGAAGUAAAUAUUUUGCAUAAAUUUAGACAAAGACGUCUUCAAUUCAAAAUUUACCUGGACCAAUACCUGGAAAAAUAAAACAAAUUUUAAAAAAUCACGAUGGAUUUAAAUGACAAGCAGUUGUAAACAAAACACGGAGGUCGCAAAUUGGGGCUUUUAUUUUGAAAACCCACCCGGAAACCGUUCUUUUGUUUACUCAAAUUAAGCAGAAGGAUGGUUCGGUUUGGUUCUCUGGUCUAAAACAGCCCAAAAAACGCCAAAGUCUUCAGCUGUAAAGAUGUCCAGACUCCAGAGUCUGAAGGUCUUCGUCAGCCAGCGGCUGUCCGCGGCCGUGGAGGAAAUCCUGGGACAUCUGGAGGAGACGAUCCUGGAGUACGAAGAGGAGACGGAGCGACGCCAUCGAGACUUUCUGGAUGUGAUUUUAACGGCUGAAAUGAAGCAUCGCAAAGCAGGUCGUUCAGAUGUCCAGCAGAUGUUGAUGAAGCUUCACUCUGAGCAGCAGCAGCUGGAGAAAAGCUCCACAGUCGACCAGGAGGAACCAAAGAGCCUCCAGUUUAAAAAGGAACAAGAGGAAGUUGAAACCACCAACAUGUUUAGUGGUUCUGUCCAUGUGAAGACAGAAGAACAGGAGGUGGAAGCUCAGUCUUCUGAGCUUCAUGACAGCCAGACUGAAGAAAUCGUAAUCAUUCUGGAGGAAGACGACAGUGGAGAACCUGAGACUGGUAUUGGUUACACUAAUCCAGACUUGAUGGCACCAAAAACUGACCCUGGAGAUGAGGAGUGUGAUGUAAUCCAGGAUCAUGAAAAUCCUCUGAACGACAUUGGGUCUAAUGUUCUGAACUCGUUCCAAUGCUCUGAAUGUGGGAAAAGAUUCAGAUCCCUGAGCUAUCUGAAGCUGCACAUCAGAUGCCACACAGGAGACAGACCUUUCCGGUGUCCAGUUUGCAGGAAGUGCUUCUCAUGGAGAGGACGUCUCCAGAAGCAUAUGAGAAUCCACACAGGGGAAAAACCUUUCAGGUGCUCGGUGUGCGGAAGAAGGUUCAGCGAGAGCGGCAACCUUAAGGUCCACAUGAGAAUUCACACAGGAGAGAAACCCUUCAGCUGCACCAUUUGUGGAAAGAGCUACGCACAACGAGGGAAUCUCAACAUGCACAUGGCUGUUCACAAAGGUGACAGCAUAAUCAAAUGCAGUCUUCGUCACUCACAGCAGCUUCAUCAUCACAGCCAGGCAGGGGCGAACAGAAACAUUGCGAAAGGACAAGAAUUAGCCCCUCAAGAGAAUUUAAAAGCAGGACCUAAUCUCAAAGUUGAUGAAAGUGGAUGCGGUAAAGUCCAUGUAAACUGUACAGGAUGUUCUACCUGUAAGAAACCUCUCAAUUGCUCUGUGUGUGGGAAAAGAUUUGGCUUUAAGGGUCAACUGAAGGCUCACAUGAGAUGUCACACGGGGGAAAAGCCCUAUAAGUGCCCCAUCUGCUGGAAGUGUUUCUCGUGGAACGGCUGCUUGCAGAAACAUGUGAAGAUCCACACGGGUGAGAAACCCUAUGAGUGCACUGUGUGUGGGAAAGGUUUUAUUGAAAGUGGGAACCUAAAAGUUCACAUGCGGAUUCAUACAGGAGAAAAGCCCUUCAGCUGUCCGGUGUGUGGGAGAAGAUACAGACAGAAAGGAGGUCUGACUAAACAUCUGGAAGUCCAUCAAGACCAGAAAUCCUUCCAGAAGUCGCUGUCGACGCUGUCGUCGCUCUCGGGUUGCAAAGACUCCGACGGACUGAAAGUGAACCUGCCGAUCUCCGUUUCCUCUUCUUCUUCUUUAAUCUGCGGACGCCGCAAAUCCUCCUCCUUCACCUUCUUCUGUAUCCUUGUGAUCCUAUCAGAAUCUGUGUUCACCGGGUCUCUUGUGCCAAUGUCAUCACCCUCAGCCGCCUCCUCGGUGCCUCCUCCAGGCGAAGUCCUUCCCGCAGACGUGGCAGGUGAACUGGGUUUGUCUGGUGUGGAGCCUCAUGUGCUGAAUCAGCGAGUCUUUGUCGCUGCAGCUGAUGUUACAGACCGAACAACUGAACAGUUUUCCUCUGGAAUGAUGCCUGAGGUGCAGGUCGAGGUGUUCGCUCGUGGAGAAUCCGUCGCCACACUGAGAGCAGCAGAGCAGCUUGUUGGUUGGAAUCUGUUCCUCGGAUGGACUUUAUGGAGAAGUUCCUCUGAUUGUAUGAAGAUGUCUGAGCUCCAGAGGAUGAUGAAGUUAGACACCGAGCAACCAGAACCAGCAGCGGAAAGACCGACUGGAAGAAAAUCUGGGGAAUAUCCCCGACUUUCUGGCGUCCACCAGGUCAAACAGGAAGUAGUUUCUGAGGAGAAGUGGAGUCUCAAAACAGACCAGGAGGAGCAGAAGCCUCCAGAGAUUAAACAGGAACAGGAGGAGAAUGAGAUUACAGAGUUAACUUUCAGUCCUGUCCUUGUGAAGAAUGAAGAUGAUGAAGAGAAACCCCAGCUCUCAGAGCUUUCUCACUGCAAGACCGAAGAGGAUAGAGCUUCUAUUGGACCAGAACCAGAUCAGUGUGUAGAAUCAGACAAUGAAGACAACACUUCAGAUUCCUCAGAAACCGACGUCAGUGAUGGAAACUGGGAGGAAAGCAGCGACUUAUUGGAUACAAACUCUGUUGGAAGUAAUAAAGAUUCAGUGGAUGGUAAAUCAGGAAACGGUGAAUUCCACACCUGCGCAGAAUGUGGCGAAAAGUUCAGCCUCCAGAUUUAUUUAUUAAGACACCAGAGAAUCCACACAGGAGAAAAACCUUUCAGCUGCUCUUCUUGCCGGCAAGCUUUUAUAUUGAAACAUGCCUUAAUGAAACAUGUGGAAACUCACAGUGACGACAAACCUUUCAGCUGCUCCAUCUGUGGCCAGAACUUCAGGAGGAAGGGAUGGUUAACUCAGCACAUGAGGAGACACACUGGAAGAAAACCUUACAGCUGCUCCAUCUGUGACUGUUCUUUUGUGUGCAAGCGUGAAUUAGCUGAGCAUACAAGGACUCAUAGUGGAGAGAAACCUUUCAGCUGCUCUGUCUGCAAGGCACCUUUUUCAAGUGAAAGAACGCUGGUGGUGCACUCAAAAAUCCACAGCGGACAGAAACCACACAGCUGCCCUUAUUGUCCAACAACUUUUAGAAGAAAAGACAGUUUGAAGCGACACUUAAAAACCCACAGUGGAGAGAAACCGUUCAGCUGCUCUGUCUGCAGCCAAAACUUCAGCGUCAGGGAGAGCCUGAAUCGGCACAUGAGGCGUCACACAGGAGAAAAACCUUACAAGUGCUCUGUCUGUGAGGCCCGCUUUCAGCUAAAGCAAACUUUAGUGGAGCACAUAAGAAUUCACACAGGGGAGAAACCGUUCAGCUGCUCUGUCUGUCAGGAAGCCUUCAGGAGAAAACAGGAUUUUGUGAACCACACAAAAAUUCACAGCAAGGCUACCUGUGAGUUGUGCGGCCAAAGCUUCGACAAAGCUGUUCGCUUGGCUCGGCACAUGAGAUUUCAUGACAGUGAGAGAUCUUUCAGCUGCUCCAUUUGCGCAGUGGCUUUUAUCAGGAAGAAUGCCUUAAUCCAGCACAUGAGAACCCACUCAGAGGAGAGACCGUUCAGCUGCUCCGUGUGCAAGGCCACCUUCAAAAGGAAGGAUGGCUUGAAGCUGCACUUGAGGGUUCACACCAGAGAAAAACCGUACAGCUGCAAGGGCUGCAACAAGAAGUUCAGCCAGCUGUCCUGGUCCAAAACGCAUCAGAAACGAUGUUCAAGCUUACGCAGCAAGCUGAGCUGAUGUUGGCUUUCAAGCUACAGAUUAAUGAAGUUUCAUCAAAAUUUAUCAUCAUGGCCUCUAACAGAAAGUUUUUGCAGCAUGAAGGGGCAAUAGGACCAUGCUAAGAAUUUUUUUUACAUUUGAAAUAACAGAACAAUAUCAGAAUUACAUUGUAUUGAUAUGAGAAUAAACUCAUAAUAAUAUGAAAAUUAAGUAGUAAUUUUAAGAGAAAUCUGACGUGAAAAAUAAAACGUUAAAUUGAGGAAUGUUGAGCAUCUUGUGAAGUUAUACUCUAUUGGUUGUUAAAAAAAAGAAAAAGAAAAUAUUUUUAACACAUUAGCAUCAAAUUACUAUCAGUAGCAUGACUUUAACAGGUUUGUGAAAACGACUUCUCUGUUUUCUCUCGGCUGUGUCUCAGAUUAAAGCUCCUCCUGCCUGGACUCAGAGUUUAGGCGGAUGGAUCACGUCUUGAUAAGUUUGUAAUUGUGCCUUACUUUUGAAUGGGAUGUUAAAACAGUAGGAUUGUGUUUUUUAACUCCAACUUUCUUAAAAUGUAUCGACAGCUUCCUCCCUGACCUGUAGCUGUGUUUUUUGGUUUUAUGUUCUUGUUUGUUCAUAAAUCUUCUCAAACAAACUUAUGAGGCCUUCAGUGAACAGCUGGAUUCAUUAAAUUACACACAAUUUGUGACUUCCAUGGGAUUUUUACAUGGAAACUUGUUCAGACUAAGUAUAAUUAUCCUUCCUUCAGAUUCAUGCACAAUAUUUGAACAUUCAAUGAUGUUUGUAGUUAUGGCUGCUGCCUUUGAAGGCAGAAUCUCUUCACCCCACGGGUCAUCUCUGAAUGAAAAAAACAGUUGAUCUGAUGGAAGAUUAUUAGUUUUAUUCAUUUUAAAGAGUUUCAUUUAGAUUAAUUUGAUUUAUCCUAAAUCUGGGCUGUUUUACUUGUUAUUUAUAUACUUUUAAAUCAGUAAUUGAUUUAAACAGUUUUGAUAAUUUCAUAAUAAAUAGUUGUUUGCUAA